AUGGGAGGGGAGGGAAAAAGAAAAAACAGUGACGGUGAAAUCGCAAAAAGGACAAAUAAUAAUUUUGACUGCUAUCGAACCAUGGAUGCCUCUGAGCUAAAGAGAGCUAAAGCACUGCUGGCAGGUUUGGCCCCGAUCCAGCUAUCCAGGGCGACUCCACUGCCCUGA